UUACACGGCGGUGGACCGUAUCUUGCUGCUCUCCGCAUCUCGGCUGAGGCUCGCCCAGGGCUUUCGGCCCCGCUGCUCCCAUCCUGUCAGCUCGGCUGCCUCGUUUGUGCGUUGUGCGAAAAUUUGGCCAAAACAAAGCCAACUCUUGUCGUGGGUGCCCGUUGUGUUCGGAAACCAUCGCAAUUCUCAGUGCCCCAAUCCUGCAAAGACUUCUGUCCAUGAUCAUCUCCGUACCCUGGGACAAGUUCUAAAGAAGGAGAAGUACAGAAAUAAAUCCCUCAACAUUUUCCCUGCCUGGUACACCAGUUUACAUAUGGCAGGCAUGUAUAAUUCCCAAAGCGUGGAAAAGCACAUCUAAAUGUAAUUUGUCAGCACUAUUUCAUAUCUGUUUUCAAUUUUUGUCAACAGCUGCAUAUACUAUAUUAUUUUGGAAAAGAGAUAAUAAUUUAAUUAAUUUUGCUCUUGAGAUUUGAUGUAUUUUUACAUCAAAUGUAUCUGUGAGAAUCUAAAAUAGAAUGCAGCAAUACAAAAUGCAGAAGGCUUUUGCUGUAAAAUUGGACUUUCAAGUCAUGGUUUAAAUGAGGAAUUGGUGCUGACUGCACAAGUUUCUGUUGAGUGUUCCGUUCGGUACAGAUGUUUUAAAAAUAAUUCCCCCAGUCCAGUUCAUUUAAGACAGAGUGAAUGCCAGACCAGCUGUCCUGGAGCAAAUGAAAGGCUGAGAAAACAGUAAUUCAGCAAGGCAGGAAGAUAGAUGAGACGAUUUCUUGAGCUUUCUCCAGACCUGUUUUCUGCCCUCUUUAGAUCUCUUCCUCUCGUAUGAAAGCAGAUUACAUUGUCUUCAGGGCUGCAGCUUUACAUCUUUCUUCCUGCCAGGGUUACUUCCUCUGAACAGGGAGUUGCACUGCUUGGCACAGCCAAGCCCUAAACUUUCUUGGGCAAAUGCAAACCAUUCACGGGACUGUGGUGUUCCCUCCCUCCAAGAGGGAAACAGCAAUUUCUUUGCAGCUUCUUAUCAGAGUGUUGAUUGUCUGUGUCCUCCCUGUCUUUCAUUCUUGACAAAGGUGACUUGGGCUCCCAGUGGAGAGACUUCUCAGGUGGAGUCUCAGUUCUACACAGUGCCUCUCUUAUAUGUAGGACACAAAAGGACUUCACAUGCCUCUUGCAGGUUGGCUUCCAGCAUCGGAGGAAGGAGAUUACAGUAUUUUGCCUAGAGUGCUCAGCCUCAAGACUUCACUUUGUUCUUCACAGCUUGGAGGGAUAUGAAGCCAAUUGGAAAAGUGCUUUGUGCUACGGGGAUCGUAGCUGGGCUCAUAGCUUUCUUCUGGAAAGACCCUUUUAACCCAGAGAGUUUGUCUGGUGCCCGCGUUCUCCUGACUGGAGCCAGUGCUGGGAUUGGAGAGCAGAUGGCAUAUCAUUAUGCCAGAUUUGGUGCUGAAAUUGUUUUGACUGCUAGGAGGGAAGCUGUGCUGCAGAAGGUGGUGGAGAAAUGCCUGACACUUGGAGCAAAGAAAAUAUUUUAUAUCCCUGCAGAUAUGUCUUCCCCUUCAGAGCCUGAAAGGGUGGUUCAGUUUGCUGUCCAAAAGCUGGGGGGACUGGAUUACCUGGUGUUGAACCACAUUGGCAUGACCCGUUUCCAGAUGUGGGCUGGAGAUGUGGAGUACACCCGCCGGCUCAUGCAGGUGAAUUUCUUCAGUUAUGUGGCACUCGCAACAGCAGCUCUUCCCACGCUGGAGAAGAAUAAAGGCUCUCUGGUGAUUGUUUCUUCCCUCACAGGGAAAAUACCCACUCCCUUCACCACUUCUUAUUCUGCCACCAAGUUUGCACUGGAUGGAUUCUUCAGCUCGCUGCGCCAUGAACUCAUCAUGCAGAAGAGAAAUGUCUCUAUCACACUGUGCAUCCUGGGCCUGAUAGAUACUGAUACAGCAUUAGAGAAUACCAGGGGCAAAGUGCACCUAACUGCUUCUCCUGCUCCUGAAGCUGCACUUGCCAUCAUCCAGGGGAGUGCCAUGCGGGUGCAGGAGGUUUUCUACCCAUGGUGGCUGCAGCACGUGUGCUGCCUCUGGGUUUUGUCCCCCAGUGACCGGGACCAGGUUUUACAGAGUUACUAUAACUACAGCAGUCCUUAAGGGAUGCCCAGUCUCAGUCUACCCUCUCCCAUUCUACACCCCUUCUAAUCACAUUCUCCCAGUCCCACUAAGCAUCCCAUUCAACCAUUGGAGUCAAGCAGGAGCAGGGCAGCAGUGGUAGCAAAGUAACCUUAGCUCUUUUCUUAACAUUCUUCUUGGCCUCCCUCUCAUCCUGCUUCAGCAGCAUUUCUUAUAUUUCUACCCAUCAGUCAGAUCUUUCCCACUGUUCAUUCUGUCUUAGCCCUCCACCCAUCUCCCCUCCUCCAGCCUCACCUGUCUGCUUUUACUGCCUCCAGUCUUCUCUCAGCUCCAGCUUUAACCUCUGUCUAUACAGGAUGUUCUGGAAUGUCUGUACGUUCCUGGGGCAUCCUGCUCCACUGCUUGUUUUGUGAAUUCUGUGAACCUUGCUUCCUAUAAAUAGAAUUUCAAUCUCUAUUUUUAAUUAAACUAUUUUUUUAAUGUGUUAGUGUUACAUGUUGAUGCUUCUUCUGUGAAGGAAGGUUGGUGACCUGGCUUCUGUGAGCACAGGCUUGUUGGUAGAUACCUGCUGACUGCACAGGACCUGUUAAAUCAGCUCUUCCUUGCUGUAAAUGCCAAGAUGGGUUGGUGAUUGCUGCACUGAACAGGAGGGAGAACAUAGAGGGAAUUCUUCCCUAAUAUGUUAUUCCUAUGGGUAUGUGUCAUUGCUUUUAAGUUCUAGCAGCUAAGAAAAAGCAGUCUCUGCUUGAAUCCUGGGCUGGGGAUGGAUAAAAGAUCCUAUGUGGGCUCCUUGGUGUCUGAGAGGAUGGUUAUUUUGUGUCUUGUUCCCAUCCACAAUGCAAAAAUCCUGAAGGAAGUUUAAGUAGCUUUGAAAGCUGAACAUUUUGUAGAAACUGGUUAACAGGUUUGGAAUUUAUUCAAACAGCCAGGUAUUGCUUAAAAGACUUGUCUUGACUAGGGAAUAUAGAACUAAAAUGGAGUGUGCAGAGCCUUGCCAAUCGCAGUCUUUCUUCAAUCAUAGUUGGUCUUCUCCAAGGAGAGAAAAAAAGCAGGUUAAGGGGUACAUUCUAACUGGUGAGAGGCAGCUUCCUGGGAAAGGGUCACUGCAUGCCCCCCCUCCUUCUUUGCUCAGUUGACAGCUAGGUGCUAGACUAAGUGCACUCUUGUUCUAAGCUAAAUAUAAAAACUUGUGUACCUGCAGGAGAUGUCAUUGCAGCUUCAGUUCUUGUUACUGGGAGUGGUGCGUUGCAAGUACAUUUUAUUCACAUCAUAAGAACAGGCACCAGCUGAGUGUUUUCCUUCCUCUCUCCUUGCCAUUGACUGGAUUUUGACAGGACAAAGCUUUCUACGGAGCUGUGUGGAAAUAAGAACUCACCGCAACCCACAAACUCUGGAGUUUGAACUCGCCCCUUCUAAAACACACACCUGCUUGCUUCUCAUGACAGCUUGUAGUAUAGCCCUUGCUCAGUCACUGCAGAAUUGUGUUCAUGCAGGGGCAAGGAGGCAUCAAAAAUUGAGGUAGUCCUAGGUUUCAUUCAUUCCAGCACCAGUAAAUAGGGAUUUCAAAGCAGAAGAAAGUCCCAGGGACUACUGCUUUUAUAGAAGACAGGGGCUGAACCACGGGCAUGGCAAUUACUUGGUUCUCUACCAACACAAGCAUAUUCCUCACCCUCAGGGCAGAGAUGAGGAGCCUGGGUAUUUGCUUUCCCUUUUCCUGGUUCUGUGCAUAGCACCAGAUGGGCUGGCCUCUGGCUCUCGAUUGCUUUCCAUCAAGGUGCUGUUGAGAGAACCAAGUCUGGUCUCUCAGGUGUGAACAGAGUACACAGGAGUUCUUAAAAGAUGUCUGGGAGCUGCACACAAGAGCUGUAACUGGUUUGUGUUUAGCUCUGCUGGACCUUGGCUGCUGAACUCAUUUGUUGCAAUUGGGCUAAUACAAGAAAUUUGCAUUUCGGGGACCAUAUGCUGAAGACUGGAAUAAAAAUCCACAGAAAGCCACCUUAGAGACACAGAGACACUGUGUGGUGUUGAGGGUAAGACAGGGUUGUAGUCUGUAGGAC